GGGAAAACUUCUUUGCUUUUGCGCUUUACAACACAAACUUUCAAAGAGUUUCAGACUAGCACUAUAAUCGAUUGUCUUCAUAAACAAAUGAAUAUUGAAGGAAAAGAAGUAAAACUUGAUCUGUGGGAUACUGCAGGGCAAGAUCGGUAUAGGACACUUACUAAAAGUUACUACAGGAUGGCGGACGGUGUUAUUCUAGUCUAUGAUGUUGGAAACAUAGUUUCUUUCAGCAAACUUACUAGCUGGCUUCAAGAACUCAGAGGAAUGAAUGAAAAUGCGGCAAUUGUAAUAGUUGGGAACAAAACAGAUAAUUUGAACCGAAGGGCUGUAACACUACAAGCAGUUGAAAGCUAUGCUAAAGAAGAAAAAUUACCAUUCAUAGAAACGAGUGCAAAAAAUGGGAAUAAUGUUAACACGAUUUUUGAGAGUCUGAUACGCGAGAUACUCUUCAGAAAAGGAAUCAUCUCGAGUUCUUCUCCCCUUUUCAAUACUCAAGAAAUAAGCGCAGAAUCUUCUAAGACGAUUGACUGUGAUCAUCAAGAAGCUACUGAGACUGCUAAAACUGGCGCAGCAACUUCGCUGCCGCCAAUUGUUAAUCUGCCUAAUAAUACAAUAAAACUCACUGUGAAGAAAGAUGGAACAAAAAAGAAAAAUUGCUGUUGAAAUACGAAGUCUGUGUUUGCGAUGUGUAUAUAUUCUUAUGCGUUUUUAGAACAUAAGUUUUAAUCAGGAGCACAUUAGAAGGGAUUUCUUUGAAUUGAUCUCUCAACUAGUUCUUAGCAGAUUUUCUCAUCAUUUUCAUUGUGACUCACAGUCAGUUUAAAACGAAUUUGCCAUACAUACACUGUGAUUUUUGUAAAAUUUGAAA